CAUUAUUUUUUUAUGUAUAGGAUAGAGCACACAGAAUUGGUCAAACAAAAACUGUGAGGGUGUUCAGGUUUAUCACAGACAACACUAUUGAAGAACGGAUAGUAGAGCGUGCAGAGAUGAAACUGAGAUUGGAUUCCAUAGUCAUUCAGCAAGGAAGAUUAGUUGACCAGAAUUUAAAUAAGCUUGGAAAGGAUGAAAUGCUUCAGAUGAUUCGACAUGGUGCUACUCAUGUGUUUGCGUCAAAAGAUAGUGAAAUUACUGAUGAAGAUAUUGAUGCCAUCUUAGAAAGAGGGGAGAAAAAAACUGCUGAAAUGAAAGAGAAGCUUUCAAAUAUGGGUGAAAGUUCCCUGAGAAACUUUACUAUGGACACUGAAUGCAGUGUGUACAAUUUUGAAGGUGAAGAUUACAGAGAGAAGCAAAAGAUGGCAUUUACUCAGUGGAUUGAGCCACCAAAACGUGAGCGAAAAGCGAAUUAUGCUGUGGAUGCAUAUUUUAGAGACGCUCUACGUGUUAGUGAGCCAAAAGUACCAAAGGCUCCCAGGCCACCCAAGCAACCAAACGUUCAGGAUUUCCAGUUCUUCCCUCCACGUCUUUUUGAGUUAUUGGAGAAAGAAAUACUAUAUUACAGAAAAACAAUUGGCUAUAAGGUGCCACGUAAUCCUGAGCUUCCAAAUGCAGCCCAAGCACAAAAGGAAGAUCAACAAAAGAUUGAUGAAGCAGAAGUACUAAAUGAUGAAGAGCUGGAAGAAAAAGAAAAACUUCUGACACAACGCCUCUGCAAUGCUGACAGUAGAAGAGUUCUCAUCAAGCCCUUCCAUAUUCGUUUUGUGAGCCAUGCUAGGUUCAGGCUCCCUCCAUUGUCCUUACUGAGUGUUCAAAAUGUCUGCUGUCUGGGAACGACGGGGCCCAACUGCGGCUCCCCGGGCCACAAAGGCAUCAGUACUGGGAUCGAGCACAGCAGGAAAAGAUCUGCUGGAGGUGAGGAAACGAACAUCUUCAUUGUGUUGGACAGCUUCAUGCUGCAUUCAGCAUUAAG